GGGGGAGGACCUUGUCUGCUUUCAAUCAAUAACCUCUGGAAUUCAGAAAUACAAGUAGGUCCUGUCUCUGGCAGGCGGCACCACACUCUUGAGGGCGGGACCCUGGGCUCAUUCGACGGAAUCUGAACCUGCGCCUUGGCACUCUGCAUUUGUUGCUGCAGCCCUGACUCUUUUUUGGAGCCUAUCGCGAUGGCCGACCACACGUCUCCAGAUUAUUUCAGCUGUUCCCUGUGUGUGAACCUGCUGAAGGACCCCGUGGCUAUCCCCUGUGGCCACAGCUUCUGUAUGGACUGCAUCAGUGGCUACUGGAAUGAGGCUGACUACACGGGGAUUUACAUUUGCCCUCAGUGUAAAAUCACAUUCACCCAGAGGCCCGUGCUGCGGCCCAACGCCACCCUGAACAUGGUGGCUGAGAAGAUAAGGAAGAGCGGCCUCAACCUCAACACGUCCCAGGGGAACAUCUACGCCGGACAGAACGACGUCCCCUGUGACUUCUGCUCCGGGAAGAAAUUAAAGGCUGUGAAGUCCUGUCUUAACUGUCUGGCCUCCUACUGCGAGAAGCACCUGAAGCCACACUACGAGUCGGCUACUUUCAAGCGGCACAAGCUGGUGGACGAGCUGGGAAACCUGGACAGGAAGAUCUGCCCGCAGCACCAGAAGUCCCUGGAGCUCUUCUGUCGCACAGACCAGAUGUGUAUCUGUGCUAUCUGCACAGUCAGUGAACACAGGGGCCAUGACAUUGUCUCUGCUGAUGCAGAGAGGGGAGAGAAACAGAAACUUCUGGGACUCUCCCAAGCUGAGAUUAAACAAAAAUGCCAGGAGAGGGUGAAGGAACUGGAUGAGCUGAAGACUGCUGUGGAUUCAUUGAAGAACUCGGCCCAAAGAGCCAUGGUGGAGAGCCAGAAGAUGUUCGAGGAGAUGAUCCGCUCCAUUGAGAGGAUGAGGUCAGAGGUGACCAAGCUGAUUGGCAUCAACGAGAAGGCUGCUUUCAACCAGGCCGAGGCUUUGAUCGAGCGGCUGGAACAAGAGAUAGAUGAACUGAAAAAAAAGGAGUCUGGCCUCAAGCAGCUUUACAGCACUGACGACCACAUCCACUUUUUGCAGAACUUCAACUACCUGUGCACCCCUACCGAUGACGGCUUCAUACCCAGAGUGACGGUGAACCCUGACUUCUCUUUUGGCUCUGUCAGGAAAGCUGUGGCCGAGAUCAAAGACCGCCUGGAGGAGUUUGGGAAAGAGGAGCUGCUGAAGAUCUCCAAGUCAGUGAAUGAGGUCCCAGUUUACACCACAGAAAGUCGAACAUUGGACAGAAGGAGCAGAGGCAAAGACAUGGUGGACAACGCUCCCCCUUUUCAUCCAGAGCCAAAGGCCCGAGCAGAUUUUGUGAAAUACUUCUGCCAGUUAAAACUGGACCCGAGCACAGCCUACAAGGAGCUGUACGUCUCUGACAAAGACAGAAAAGUGAUCCGCACCAGAGACCUGCAGCCCUACGGAGACAACCCAGAGAGAUUUGACAGCUUUGCUCAGGUGCUGUGUCGAGAGGCCCUGUCCGGAGGCCGCUUCUACUGGGAGAUCGAGUGGAGUGGGGAGUUCUCCAUCGGGGUGGCCUACAGGAGCAUCAGCCGGAAGGGCAAAGGCUCGCUGUGUCUGCUGGGCUACAACGACAAAUCCUGGAGUCUGCUCUGCUCCGACUCGGGCUACUCCGCCUGGCACAACCGGGUGGACAAAGCCGUCAGCGGGCCCCACUCCCCCAGGAUAGGCGUGUACCUGGACCACGCUGCGGGCGUGCUGGCAUUCUACAGCAUAGGCAACUCCAUGAGUCUCCUGCACAGGUUUGAGACCACAUUCGUCGAGCCCCUCUAUCCAGGCUUCGGAGUUGGAACCUCAGUCAAGAUCUGCAAUGUCAAGUGAACCCCCUGAUAUUUCAGCUCUUAUUUUGAAAUUUCCUAUCAUCCAUGUGUUUUUCGUUAUAUACCGCAGUGCUUUUGGAAUAUAUAUAUAUAUAUUUUUGCUAUAUUGUCAGACUGUACCAAACCACAUUGAAGUUAUAUGGCUUUGUUUUUGUUACUGUACGCAUCACAUGAUACAUUUUUGAAAUAUAAUCACUACUUAAUUACAGAAGAACAACAUAAAGUAUAAGCAGAACUAGUGUAUAACGUUAUGUCAGUAUCAUAUUUUUAGAUGUACCCAUAAUACUUCAUUAAGGGUGCAGCAUAUCACAAGCGAUGAUUUGAUUUGAGGUCAUGAUGGACAUUUUAUUCCAUUGUUGGCAGCAUUGCAUACGUCUAUUAAAGUAUAUUGCACCCUUGUAAUUAUUACCUGUAUGAGUAAUACAGUAAUAUAGUAACAUUUGCUUUGGUGCAACUGGAUUUGUAGUAUUAUGGUUUAAAUACAUUCAGAGAAAUAUUUCAUGAUCAAUUCACUUAUUCAUGUCAUUUUUUUAUAUUAUCGGAGUGGUGAGAGUCAUUACGUUUUUUUCACUUAGACUAACCCUUGUUUAAUUUAUUGUAUGUUUACUUAAUGGACAACUUAAUUGAUACCACAAAAGACUUGUUUUGGAAUAAUUACUCAUUGUUGCUCUAAAUAAAGAGCUAAAUGAAUUAAUUUUUGGUGCUCAAUAUUUAUCUAUUCCUACCCAAGAAUAUAUAAAGACAAGAUGGUAUCAUAUCUAUAUUGAGAAAUGAAUGGUCUAACAGAUUAGAAAUGUUUUUGGAUAUAAAAGAAGUCUACUUUUCUUUUCUGUGCAAAGGAAUUUCACAACCUGCAUCAGGGCAGAUUUAAUUUGCCCGUUUCAAGUAUUUAACUGGUAUGUUAAAGAACAAAUUAACAGGCCACCGGCUCAGAAACAUCACAGCACUCCUGAACAUUGCUGAUACCAACGGCUCCCUCUGUUGUUUGAAAACGGGAACUGAACUGUAAUGACCACUGUUACGGUGGGUAUAAUCAUUAACUGGAUCAAGUUAGUCAAGCGUCAUGUGACUGCAUAUGGUCAAAUGUGCUUUAUACAACAGCAAAAACUUGUUAAAAAAUGGGGACAUUUAGGCUUUCGAAAAUGACAAUGGGACAUCACUACUGUAUUACAAUAAAUCAUAUCAAAAACCA